GCGACAUCAUGGCGACGACAGCGAUCCCAGUCAUGAUUCUGACUGGAUUCCUUGGCGCAGGGAAAACGUCGCUCUUAAACAAACUCUUGCUGCAGCAGCGCCAACUCAAAAUCGCCGUGAUUGAGAACGAGUUUGGCGAAGUCGCCAUUGACAACGACCUCCUCACGUCGAACGCCCUGAGCGUGGCGGACAAAGUGAUUGUGCUGGAGAACGGCUGCAUGUGCUGUACUGUGCGAGGUGACAUUUUGGGUGCUUUUGCUUCCAUCGCUGAACAAGUCGCUUCCGGCCAUCCGCUCGACAUGGUGCUGAUUGAAACGACGGGUAUGGCCGACCCACUACCCAUCGUCCGCACCAUCACGCAAACCCCAAGCAUCACGUCGUCGUUCCACAUGAAAGGCGUUGUGACUCUCGUAGAUGCAUGCAACAUCUUGAGCCUCUUGCGAAGUGACAGCGCUGAGGCGCAGUCCCAAAUUUCCCUUGCGGAUCUCGUCAUCUUGUCAAAAGUGGAUUUGGUGCCGCAGCCGUCCGUUCACCGAACCAUCGCGGCGCACAUUCGAGAUCUAAAUCCAACUGCCGCGAUCUUGCCUUGCGUUCGCGGCGACAUGGACUUUGCUGCGCUAUUUGAUCGGCUUUCCGGGUUUGAUCUGAACAAGAUCGCCGACACGUUCGACAACGAGGACGGCAACGAUCACAGCCAUGACCACGACCAUGCCACGUGCCAAGAUGGUUGCACCCACUUGGUCGACGAAGCCCACUCGUCUCGACACACACAGACGAAAUCGUUUGCAAUUUUGGAACCGCAUCACGUUGUGGAUCCGUUUUUGUUCGCGCACUGGAUGCGGCGUCUGGUCGUCCCGUCCAAAGAGUCGAUCGCCAAGAAGGUCGUGCUGUACCGGUCCAAGGCCAUUCUAUCCGUUGAGGGGAUGACCAAGAAACUCGUGUUCCAUGCUGUCGGGGAUGUUGUCGACCGCGAGUGGCUCGACGUGGCAGGGGUCGAAGGUUGUAAAAUUGUCUUCAUCGGGCGCAACUUGGACGAAGUUCAGAUACGCCGUGACUUUGCUGUCUUGUUGCGGCCGAAAAGAAGUAGCUUGCCCUCAUGGAGCAGUGCGACAGACCGUCUCAGUGAGCUCCAACCCGCUUUGAUCCAUCGCAUUAUGGCGUUCGUAAGGACCCAGGACGUUAUUCGCGUCGCAAGGACGUGUCGCCGCCUUCACUCGACGCUUUCCAACUUACAUGGCGCUUCGACCCAUGCACAGGACCGUCAACUAAGCCAUGACCACCGCUUAGGUCCGUACUUGCAUCCAGCGGUAUCCCUCCCCAACGUCCCUACGUACAUGCGCGCGUACAAGGCGUCCAACGUCGAGUUCGUGAGCUAUUCGGGGCUCCACUUCGCUUCUCCGGCGCAUGUUGAUGCCGCGGCCGUCGCUUGGCUCGAGCUUGCUCGGUUGUCCGAACCGUCAUGUCGGUCGUACGCCCUGGAUUUUACGUGGCGCCCAGAGACGGUCUCGACGUUUUUUGGCGCACCGGAGCCGAUUCAAACGAGUUCGGCUCUGGUCAAAGUCGAGUACGACGUGGUCGCCGACGACGAAUUUGACGAAGACACCACGGACAUAUUGCGAUUUCGUGUGUUUCUAAUCCCGGACAAGACAAACGACGAAGUGGCAGGCCACCGCCUUGUGUUUCAGCUCACUGGGGGAAAGACGUCGUCCCAGGUGUACCAAGUCUCAUUCCACUCAAUCCACCCGGCCUUUCAGGUUCAUGUGGCUGUCCCCGACCACCGCAUGCCGCGCGCCGAGAGCAAGGAAGUGUUUUAUCCGGGACAUCCACUCCUCCACGCCGUCCAGACGGAGCACGCCCUCCGAUUUGUCGUCCGCGUUAAGCCAGACGGCAGUGGACCGCUCGGUGAAAUGUGUGGCUGCUGCUAGCUAGCCCAUCGAGAUGAAGUAGAUAUUACUCGAGUCUGCAUCCGUGCCGCUUCGUCCUUGCUUUUUUGGUGACAGUGAAGCCCUGCGGCACUGCUUUGAAUUUUUUGAGCCAUUCACGUGGACCAACCGCACAAUCUUCCAAGGCUUGAAUUUGCACUCAAGGAAUAUUUCCAUCCUUUACUGCCAUCCUAGGCUAUUUGCCUUUGGUCUGUCCCCGGCCUUCGACGAGCCACGCUUGCAUAAGGGUUGAGAAUUCCUUGUAGUCGAUUUUGCCGUCGCCGUUUUCGUCGAUCGACUGAAUCAAGUCGUGGAGUUCCGCGGGCGAGAUCGGAGUCUUGUCCAACACGUUCAUCACGUACGCGAGUUCGUCCGCGGAGAUAAAUCCAUCGUGGUUUACAUCAAAUAUCUGUCCACAACCAACGUCAGCCACCCGUUCUCCACAGCAACACCCUCAGCCAC